UCUGAUCUUCGAAUAUCAUUGAAAAGGAUAUCAAUGGAAACCCCAACUUCAACUAGACGAAUCACAAGAUCACAAACCAAGGCCGCCGCCGCCGCCGUCGCUACGGUCAUCCCAGAUCAUGAUCACCCCAUUAAGAAUUUGUCAUCUGGGUCGUCGAAAUAUUCAAGAAAAGAUCGAUCUGUGCUUUUUGACAUUUCCAAUGAUUCCCCUGUUCUUGGUCUUGCUAUGGGAAGCAUGAAGAAGAAGAGUGUUCGUAAAUGUAAUCAUCGUCGAUUCAAGGAAAUAAGAACUCCGGGAUCAGGGGAGGCACUUUUAAGAGAUCAAGUCAAGAUCCUUUUGAAAAAGGUUGAAGAAGAUCAACCCCAACUCUUAGGAGGAGGACAUUUUCUUGGUUUCAAUGGCGGCGCCGGCGCCGGCGGUGGUCUUACUCCGGCUAAUACUCCUCUAGCCUUCUUCAUUAAACCUUGUCAAGAUGGAAGCUUGAAGAAAGAUACCCCUGUUCAACAACGGUCCAUAAGAAAGAACCUAUUUUUAUAAUUACUUACUUUUAUAAUAAUUUAAAGACAAAAAUAUUCAAUAUAUUUCUUUUGUAUUAAUGAUAAAAUGAAGAAAAUAAAUGAAAA